AUGGGAAAUGCGUCCAACGCCUCAGUGUUCAUCUCCACCUUAUCGGAGAGAGAAGACCUGAUUUUUGGCACGCUCUAUUUAGUCUUUGGCAUCGUGUCCCUCUCUGGGAACUCGCUGCUUCUGCUGGUGGCCUAUCGGAAGAGGUCCAUGCUGAAGCCUGCCGAGUUCUUCAUUGUCAACCUGGCCAUCAGUGACCUGAGCAUGACGGUGACGCUCUUCCCCUUGGCCACCUCAUCCUUCUUUGCACACAGGUGGCUGUUCAACCAGGCGGUGUGCACCCUCUAUGCCUUCUGCGGCGUCUUGUUUGGGCUGUGCAGCCUCACCAGCCUGACGGUGCUCAGCACUGUUUGCUGCCUGAAGGUCUGUUACCCAGCAUAUGGCAACAAGUUCUCGCCCUGCCAUGCCGGAGUGCUCCUGCUGUGCGUCUGGGCAUACGCCCUGAUGUUUGCCACGGCCCCCUUGGCUGAGUGGGGCAGCUACGGCCCCGAGCCCUACGGGACAGCCUGCUGCAUCAUGUGGAAAGCCUCAAGCAGGGAGGCCACGCUCUACAUCCUCGCCCUCUUCAUCUUCUGCUACCUUCUCCCCUGCCUCCUCAUCCUCGUCUCCUACUCGCUGAUCCUCUGGACGGUGCGGGUGUCCCGGAGAGCCGUCAGGCAGCACACGUCCCCCCAGCGCAGAGCCCGCAGCGUGCACAGCCUGGUCGUGAAGCUGAGCAUUGCCGUGUGCCUGGGGUUUCUGGCUGCCUGGACCCCUUACGCCGUCAUUGCCCUGUGCGCAGUCUUUGGUGACGCCAGCCAGGUGCCGGCACUGGCCUUUGUGCUGUCAGCCGUCUUUGCCAAGUCCUCGACGCUCUACAACCCCCUGGUGUACCUGCUCUUCAAACCCAACUUCCAGAAGUUCCUCUCCAAGGACGUGGUGCUCCUCCAGGCCAUCCGCACCCUCCUCUGCUGCAGCUGCCCGAGCGCUGCGCUCCAGCCCUUCCCAUCCUCGGGCAUCGGUGACCACCCUGGGGCUUGCAGAAACUGCAAUGACACUUUUGAGUGUUUCAGUAACUACCCCAAGUGCUACAAACUCCCCCAGGCACCUGGCAGCUCGCCCCGAUGCGCUCCCCUGGCUAUCCUGGCCGAUGGAGCUGCUUGCCAGCCGGGGCUGAAGAGGACGGUGCAGGUGAUGGUGCUUGUCACACGAAAAAGGUCGGGCCUGGGCGCUGCGAAUGUGGUGGGGGAAGCCCUGCCAUCGGAUAUCAUGAAAGACCUUCUCUGA